CGGACAGAGACUUCUUGGACUGGGACAGUCAAGAUGACGGUGACGUACUCCGGUAAGGUUGCCAACGCCACCUUCUUUGGUUUUCAUCGUUUGCUGCUGCGUUGGAGAGGGAGUAUCUAUAAACUGCUGUACAGAGAGUUCACCGUGUUCGCUCUGCUCUACACGGUGCUCAGUGUGGUCUACAGGUUACUUCUCUCCGAACAACAGAAGAGAUUCUUUGAAAAACUUUCUCUCUACUGUGACAAGUACGCCGAACAAAUACCGGUCACCUUUGUACUGGGAUUCUAUGUCACCUUGGUAGUGAACAGAUGGUGGAACCAAUUUGUAAACCUGCCUUGGCCUGACAGACUGAUGUUCCUCAUCUCCAGUUGUGUACAGGGAGGUGGUGAACAUGGACGUCUGGUACGUCGGACUUUGAUGCGUUACGUCAACCUGACGUCUCUCCUCAUCUUUCGCUCCGUCAGCACAGCCGUCUGCAAGCGCUUCCCCACCAUGGACCAUGUGGUGGAGGCAGGUUUCAUGACUCCAGAGGAGAGGAAGUUGUUUGAGAGUGUCCGUUCUCCUCAUUUGAAGUACUGGAUCCCGGUGGUCUGGUUCACCAACCUGGCCGCUAAAGCCAGGAAGGAAGGUUUGAUCCAGGACAGCGUGGACCUGCAGACCAUCCUCACUGAGAUGAACAAGUUCAGGACAUGGUGUUCUACUCUGUUUGGAUACGACUGGGUUGGAAUCCCUCUCGUCUACACACAGGUCGUCACUCUCGCUGUUUACACCUUUUUCUUCGCCUGUCUGAUUGGCCGACAGUUCCUUGACCCCACCCAGGGUUACCAAGGUCACGACCUUGACCUCUAUGUCCCUGUCUUCACCCUGCUGCAAUUCUUCUUCUACUCCGGCUGGCUCAAGGUAGCAGAACAGCUGAUCAACCCUUUUGGAGAAGACGACGAUGACUUUGAGGCAAACUGGAUCAUUGACCGAAACCUGCAGGUGUCUCUGUUGGCCGUGGAUGAGAUGCAUAUGAACCUUCCUCACAUGACCAGAGACAUUUACUGGAACGACAGCGAGGCACGGCCGCCCUACACCCUGGCUGCUGCGGACUACUGCAUCCCCUCCUUCCUGGGCUCCACCACCGACAUGGGACUUUCAGACAUUCUCCAGUUUGAGGACAUUGACUUUGGUGAGGGUGGUCCACGGCAGCAGGACUCUGCUCCAACUCGUCGCCAAGAGUCGGUCCUGGGUCGGGUCCGCAGGUUGAUGAGCGUCCAGGAGCCUCCAGAACUCGUCCCGCCUCGACCCGCCUUCAAACGCCACAGCAGCGACGCAGCCGGCAGCUUCUUGGCUUUCCUACCUGACCACAGGGUUCAUCAAGGCACAGAGGAUGUCAUUCCUCACCCCUCCUCUUCCAAAGCUCUGUCACCCUCCCCCUCCCUCCCUGUGGGGGACACCCUUGCCACAUUGAGGGAGGUCAGUAGCACCCCUUCCUCCCCAGACACCCCAUUCUCUUCUUCCCCCCACCUCCCCCAGCUCGUCGUCAGCCCGCCGAUACCACAUUUCCAUGACAACACAACGUUGGGUGUCAAUGAAACAGCGAAGCCUCAGAACAGUGUUUCGGAACAUCAGGCAGACUCCUCCCCAAGUGAAGAAGCACCAGAUUGGGGCAAGAGCAGCGGUUCCUCAGUCUGCUGCUCACCGACUCAACUCGGACCAAAGAAGUUCCGUUGGAGUAUUCCUAAAGAGAAGGAGCGGCCCCGAGCCCGCCAGCUCUCCUUUCAGUUCUCCAGACAGUCGUCCAAGGCCUCCAUUCGCAGCCUGCCCAGUCCCAAAGCACUUGGCCAGAGGAGAGGAGGCCCCCGCCUGCUGUGCUCUUCCCGCUUACAAGCUCAGAACCAAAACCAGAACCUUCAGGUCCCUGUUGCCGAGCAAGAAUUUCAAGGACUACCAGGAACCAGUGACAACCAAGAUAACUUCAUAGUAGAUAAUAAUAAAAGACCUUAA